AUGGACCUUUCAAGAACGCCGCCGCGCUCGUCUCCUUUCAAAAAAGUUGCUGAUUCCCACGCGGACCUCUCAGAAAAGGCCGUGCACCUGCGAGUGGGCGGGGCCCCCGCGAUCCGCCUGGCGUUGCUCCGCCCCCCGGCCAGGCCACAAUCCGUUUCGGACGUCUCCCCUCACUCCUCAACUAUCUUUUGUCUGCCGUUUCUCGAGAUGAAGAGCAUCACCCGCCAGCCUCGUUCCGUCAUCAGCCACGUCUCGCCGAAGAGUCGUCUUCGCAAGACUUCCGAGGAACGUCGGGAAAAGCAAAAGGUUUGUUGAGAUUUUCGGGCUUUUUGUUGAUUUUUUGUCCUUCCUGGAGUGUUCAGGAUCCUUAAUUUUCAUUUUUAUUCUUUUUAUCUUCUAUCUUUGUUUAGCAUCUCCUUAAAGCGUUUAAAUAUCAAAUUUGGUCUGUUUGAACAAGUUUUUUUGUCCAUUUAUUAUAGUUUUUUUCCGGCAGUUAGGAACCUUUUAUCUUGAAAUUUAAACAUAAAAAAAGUUUUUUUGACUUCAAAACUAAAAAGUAUAGAAGAUUUUCCCUUUAAAGUUAUCACUGUAAAAAAAUCUUCUUGCUUGAAAAUUAACCCUAAAAAGGACUCUUUGCCUCAGAAUUGACAUAUUAAAAAGCUCUUUUUUUCGAAAUUCGCCCCUCGAAAAGCCUCUUGAAUUUGAAAUUUUUUUACUAAAAAAACAUUAUUAUUAUUUUUGAGCUUUCCAGCAGACUUUCAUGACUUGAAUAUCAUCUUAACGAAAAUUCGAAUAAUUCUCAUUUCCGAAUUCUUCAGGUCGAAGCCACUCUGCGCAAGCUGGUCGGCUCCGAUGAGAGCGAGUCGCAGUUGGACCUGGUCCUGUCGGUCAUCUCCUACAUCCGUGAACUCCAGUCGCAGCUGGAAUGCCCAGACAAGGAGAACUCCUUGCCCGCCGACCUCGAGAAGCUCUUCUCCAAUUGCACCGCCUUAGCCGCCUCCUCCUCCUCCGCCUCCAAACCUUCCGACUCUAAUUCAUAA